AUGACUUUUGAUGAAUACGUGGGAUACAAUAUAGAUAUUUCGCUACACAAUUCUUCAUUUGUAUUUGAAGAAUGGAAGACGUCUAAUGUAACAGGUUUGGUGGGGGCCAUAUUGUUUAGUACAGGGAUUUCGUUUCUACACGAAGCCAUCACAGUAUUUAUGAAAAUCCAAGAAUUCAAACUUCAAAACAGACGUCACAAAGUUCCAGUGCACCUCGGUUUAUCGGCCGCUCACGUGAUCCUGACAUUUCUUCGCGUCAUCCUCGUCCUGGCUGUUUUAUCUGGAAACAUCUGGGUGUGGAUAUCAAUAGGUGUGGGAACUGGAACAGGAUACUUUUUUAUGAGACCAUGUCUUGUCUGCAAAACACGCGAAACAACGAGCGAUUAUGACGUCACCAGUGAAGGACGUGUUCGAUUGCAGACGGUCAGAAAAUUAGGUCACUACAGCGUGCAGAAAAUAACACAACAAUCCAAAGUCACACAGAAGGAGAAACAAGACGUUUAUUUCAGACAAACAACAGAACACAACAACAAUACGCAUGAUACAGAUAAACAGACACAACCCCUUCUAAACACAGCACCUCAAAGUGCAGAAAGGUCAAAUCUCAGCCCUCAAGAGUCAAUGACCUUCCUCCCCAGCGCUCAACCCACGAUACAGAACAUGAGCAACGAGGAACGCUGGGAUUACAUCCGGGAAACUUUCCAAAAGCUGUCCCGAUCUCAUCUGUAUGAAGGUUUAGAAAGACAGCGUCGGCAGCAGGAUAAGAGUUUUGUCCCCUGUGAUAGUCCACUCAACUCCAGCCAGCCACGGUGGGAGAGCUCGUUUGACGCUUCUACGGUGGACAUCCAGGACCUUCUGAACGAAGAGGAGAUGAUCAGGACGGUGGGAGAUCCUGCGAAACUUUAAAUGUGUGACUAACUAUCUGUAAAAAUUAUAAGUUCUGACCUUGUUAUCCCAGCCUAUUUAUUACUAAGUAAUUUUAUUGCAAUGUG